UUUUCAGAAUUCCUAGUCACUAAGCGACUCGGACAAAAAUGGCAGAUCGACCGCGAAGAAAUCGGUACCUCAGCAUCAGCAUACUUCAUGUCAUCACAAUGAUGUGCCAAGCACUUUCAGAGGGUCCCAUGUUUGCUGAGCCCAUUCCAAAUGUGACUGUUGCUGUCGGGAGGGACGCUAGUUUACCUUGUGUUAUCAACAAUCUCGGGACUUUCAAGGUGGCGUGGCUGCACGUAGGUCGACAGAUGCUUCUCACUAUUCACACCCACGUCGUUGUCAAAAUUCCGAGAUUUUCGGUCUCUUAUGACAAACAGAAAACGUGGUUUUUGCGCAUACAAAAUGUCCAGCAAAAUGACCGGGGCUAUUACAUGUGUCAAGUUAACACUGUCCCGAUGAUCAGUCAAGUUGGAUACCUUCAAGUCGUUGUGCCACCGAAUAUCGUGGACUCAAUGUCAUCGGAAAGUACAGUAGCAGUGAAAGAGCAUCAAAAUAUAACACUGACAUGCAAAGCCGAGGGCUAUCCAGAACCAACAAUGAUGUGGCGACGUGAGGACGGACAAUCUAUUCUCAUCGAUCGCCGAUCGAAAGUCGAAAAAUAUGCAGGAGAUCAAUUAAAUUUAACUAAAAUAACUCGAACAGAAAUGGGAGCGUAUUAUUGUAUUGCAACAAAUGGAGUUCCACCGACAGUCAGUAAAAGAAUAAUCGUUGAUGUUGAGUUUUCACCGACGAUAUUCGUGCCAAAUCAGCUGAUGGGAGCACCAGCUGGAAAGAACGUAACCCUUGAGUGCAACAUUGAAGCACAUCCACGAGCGAUAAGCUACUGGAACUUCAACAACUCUAUGGUACUAAGCAAUGAAAAGUAUACCAGCACGAUAAUGGAGAGUAGCUACAGAACUAAUAUGCAGCUGACCAUACGAAAUCUACAGCUCAGUGAUUUUGGUAACUACAGAUGUAUCAGCAAAAAUUCACUUGGCGAGACUGAAGGAUCUAUUAGACUAUACGAAAUGGUCCAACCAUCGGCACCGCCGACAGCUACGGAGAUUAAAAGUAGCGCAAACAAAGAGGGCAAGCAACAGAGCACACCAACGCCACCUAGAAGACUUACAACAAUAUGGCCAGCCGUGUACAAUCCUUACAAUCCGAAAAGGACGGAGCGACCACCUACGAGCCAAAAGGAGGCCGAAACAAGGGAGAGGAAACUUCAUGGAGCCAGCAAAGGAAGUGCUUACAUCAUCCGAUGGAGCGCACCCCAGCUGAUGGUCGUAGCAGUCCAGUACAUCCUGACCGGACCGUACAUGCCGCCUUAUGUGCCCCAGAACGUUAAUUAAGCCUCAUUUAUCAUCUGUCUAAGCCUCAUCUCUGUCUACUUCGUAGCCUCUGUGAUUCCAACUUAACUGAGUCCGCUUCUCUUCAACAGAAUUUUAUCUUAACACGGAGAAAUUUUACAUGGUAACAAGUGGACUUAUUCUUCCUUGACUCCCUCAUCCGCUAUUUUUUAUACUUAUUUUUAUCAACUAAUUAUUAUGUGGAUCUAAUCAGUGUUACAUUGUAAUUAUUAAUUGUAAAUUUAAAGCCGGUAAAUAUUCAUCUCGUGGCACGUAUUCGUAAAUUUAAGCAACUCCACAUACGAGAAAUCCACCGACACACCCUCAAGCUCGGUUGAGAAGGCGUACUGUAAAGAUACUACUAUACUUAAUUUACAAGACAACUUCUGCACGGUGCAGCUGAUUAAUGGUCUUAUUAUUAAAAAUAGUUUGUUUCAUGAUCAUGACAUGUGACACUGAAUCACUCACUACUUCCAUUACUCUAGAUAUUUAAUCAAGUUUAAUAUAUCCGACGAUAAGUGGUUGAAUUAAAGUCACGACGACGCUUUGUAAAAUCAUUAAUUAUGGUUGUGAGGAAUUAAAUGUGUGACUGGUGAAUCGAAAAAUAUGAGAAAGAAAUCACUUUUUUUUUGUGCUGUCAAUCGGAGUUUGAAAAGACAGUUGAGGUUCCAAUAAAUUGUUUACACAUUUAACUGAUUUAUGAUUAAAUUUUUGAGAAUUAUUUUUACUGAGUGAACUGGAAGAAAAAAAUAACUUGGCUUAAGUAAAAAAUUCCAUUCAAAAUUCCACUCUUGUUGAAAAUAAGGCUCAAGUCUGUUUCAAAAUGAGUUAAAGUAAAAAAAAAUUUUUUUUUAAUAUUUUAAAUGAAGGAAGUGUUGUUAUUGAACCAAUAAUAUAAAAGGAAAAGAAAAUUAUUGUUAAUUUUUUAUAACAAUGGAUA